CAGAGGGAAGCUUCCCCCUGACUGGAGCUGGUUGGUCAGUGGGCACCCCUCUCCCUUCCUUCCCCAGUACCCUCCCCAGGGAGGCUUCUUAAAGGGGCCAUGCCCCUUUUCCAGUCCUCCCCAGAACUGCCUCUGGAGUAAAGGGACACUUUGGAGGAUGUAAAGUCUUUCCUGCCUCUUCUGUCCGGCUUGGAAGCCAGAGUUUCUCUGAUUCUCGAGGGAGGGUCGAGGACCCUCUGUGGCUGUCACUUAACAGACAGACAGACAGAAACGCCAACCCCUUGGCUCUUCAGCCCCGCAGGAGGAUGUUCCUGCCACACUGGAACCGUAUGGGAAGUGUGAAGGAGGUACAGCCCUGAGCCGGGACUGGAAAGAGGGGAGGGGGUGGAGCCCUGGGGCUCCCCCCCAGGCUCGAGCUGGAGGGCGGAGAAGAAGCCGGGGUCUACGAUGAGAUGAGCGGAGGCCGCUUUGACUUUGACGACGGCGGCGCCUACUGCGGAGGCUGGCAGGAUGGCAAGGCCCACGGGCACGGGCUCUGCACCGGACCCAAGGGCCAGGGCGAGUAUUCUGGCUCCUGGAACUUCGGCUUCGAAGUGGUGGGCAUCUACACCUGGCCCAGCGGCAACACCUAUGAGGGUUACUGGUGCCAAGGGAAGAGGCACGGCCUGGGGAUAGAGACCAAGGGGCGCUGGCUCUACAAGGGGGAAUGGACCCACGGCUUCAAGGGGCGCUACGGGACCCGGCAGAGCUCGAGCAGUGGAGCCAAGUACGAGGGCACGUGGAAUAAUGGCCUUCAGGAUGGCUACGGCACCGAGACCUAUGCAGAUGGAGGAACAUAUCAAGGCCAGUUCACUAAUGGCAUGCGUCAUGGUUAUGGCGUCCGGCAGAGCGUCCCAUAUGGCAUGGCAGUGGUGGUCCGCUCACCCCUCCGAACAUCCCUCUCCUCCCUGAGAAGUGAGCACAGCAAUGGAACCCUGGCCCAACAGGAUGCUUCCUCCACCCCCAUGGAUGGCACCACUCUGGCUACCCCAACCAUCUCCCGUGGUGGCUUUGCCCUCAGCCUCUAUGCCAAUGCAGAGGCUGCUGCCAAGCUCCCUCGGAGUAGUGGUGGCUUCUUCCAGAGAGGUUCCCUCUUGGGGAAACUGAGGCGCUCAGAGUCACGGAGCUCUCUGGCCAGUCAGAAGAGCCGGGUCAGCUUCCUGAAGAGUGACCUGAGCUCAGCAGCCAGUGAUGCAGCCUCCACGACCAGCUUGGGAGAAGGAGUCGAGGGAGAGGACUUUGCUCCGUUUGAGUCUGACAUCGAUGCCACCACCACCGAGACGUACAUGGGUGAGUGGAAAAAUGACAAGCGGUCUGGCUUUGGGGUCAGCGAGCGGUCCAGCGGGCUGAAGUAUGAGGGCGAGUGGCUGGAUAACCUGAGGCACGGCUAUGGCUGUACCACGCUGCCUGAUGGCAAGAAGGAGGAAGGAAAGUACCGACACAAUGUCCUGGUCAAGGGCAUGAAGAAACGUGUUCUUCCCCUCAAGAGCACCAAAAUCCGGCAGAAGGUGGACCACAGCGUGGAGGGUGCCCAGCGGGCAGCAGCCAUUGCCCGACAGAAGUCAGAGAUUGCUGCCUCCAGGACAAGUCAUGCCAAGGCCAAGGCGGACGGAGCAGAGCAGGCAGCACAGGCGGCAAAUAACGAGUCCAGCAUUGCUCGGACCCUGGCCAGGGAGCUGUCUCCGGACUUCUACCAGCCAGGCCCAGAGUACCAGAAACGGAGGUUGCUCCAGGAGAUCAUGGAGAAUGCUGAAAGCGUCAUGGAGAAUGUAGGCCGUGGGGAGGCCCCAGGCAUCCAGGAGCCCCCUCCAGAGAGCCCCCAGCUACAUGAACGGGAGGCCUCCCUCCAAGGAGGGGGCACACCAGCACGCACCCCGUCCCCCCACUUUGCAGGCACACCCCCUGAGGCUAAGCGGCCUAGGCCUGGAAUGGAAAAGGACGGCUUCCUGAGUCCAGGGGACUGGAACGGGGAGCAGAGCCGAGAAGGCAGCCGCCCAGUGACUCCUUCUGAUGUGGGUCCUGGUGAGAGAAGCAGCAACCGGCCUGGUUCCAGGAGCCCCACCAGAGCCCCUACUGACCACAUGGAGAUCCAGCCCCUGCAGCCACCACCCCUGCAGCCUUCCAGGGAGCCAGAGGUAGCCCUGUACCAGGGGUACCACAGCUACGCCGUCCGCACUUCGAUCCCCGUCCCACCUCCUUUCGAUGAAGACGAGACUGAGGGCUCUGCUCCAACCACCCCUGUGACCCCCCCAGUCUCCCCAGAGGUCAAGCCUGAUGUCCAGCCCGAGAUGGACAUGCCCCCAAGGGCCCCCACACCCCCCCAGCCAGAGCUGAAAGCCAGGGCCCCCAAAGCAGAGCCAAGGCAUCCGCCUUCUCCCAUCAAGGCAGACACGGCCAGCCACACCAAGCUCGCCAAAAAAUCAGGCUCAGCCAAAGGGGGAGCCAAGAAGAAGGGACGCCGAGAAGCCGCAGCUGCGGCGGCCAUGGAAGCCCAGAUGGAAUUGGAGGAGGCUCCCAACACUGUCCUUAUCUGCAUGGUGAUUCUACUGAACAUCGGCUUGGCCAUCCUUUUUGUGCAUCUUCUGACCUGACACGGCCUCGGCUCAGGAGUUCCCACCCAUGCGAAUGCUGGACCUUUGCAAUGACUGGAUGCUACCGCAGCUGUCGAGAGAUGCCGAGGGCAAGAUACCGGCCCCAGGAACUGGCUGCAGGCUUUCUGGCUCUGGCAGCCCCGGCCCUGAAUGAAAACUGCCCUGUGUUCUGUUUCGCUUCCCUGAUCCCAGUCCGGCUUGGUCCCUCCCAGUCCGGGAUGGGGGAGCCCUCCCUCUAAGCCCUCUCUGAACCCGAGGGUGGCAUCACCUACAUGAGUGUUUGUGGCUGCACCUGCAUGUGUACCCAGAGAAGGGGACCAGCUACCCCCCACCCCCACUCUUCCUGCUGGCUAGCUGUUGGCUGAGGCGUCUCUGGGAACAUCCAGGGUACGAUGGAACGCCCGUCCCCAGCCCCUACCCCCAAGCCUUACUUUCCUGAGGCAGGGGUCUGGUUCUACUCCCCAAGGCUGCUGAGGCUAGCCAGCCAAGGCUCUCUCCAAAGGAUUCCUCUAGAGUCUCUGACUCAAGUGGCUAGAGGCGGCUGGGAAGGAGGGUGCAGCAGAAACACUGGAGAGGCACCUUGCGCUCCGCUGUAGCAGGUGGAUAUCCAGGGCAAGGAAGGGAAAAGCUGCCUCAGCCCAGGCUUGCCUCUCUGCCCUUUCUGCUUCUGGGCUGACACUGCAGAGCCAGACCAUGGCAGCUUACAUCCAGCUACCCACCCCAUUCCCAAAGAGAAAGGAACAAAUCCACUGCAGCUGUCUGAGGCCCGAGUCCACUAGGAAAACCACUUGGAGUGAAGAAGCGUUCCCUGACUCCCAUGGCAAAAGUGGCUCCUGCUAUGGCAGAGACAAGCCGGGCAGCCCGUGCAGUUUUGCUGGGAUGGGAGGCUGGGUGCUUGGAAAUCACUGUGCUUAUUUGGAGUGCUCGAAGAUGACUUUUGGCUUGGCUAAUAGAGAAUGGAACUUGCAUGCGCCUACGUUUAAAGGCAUUUUUGUCUGGUGAGUGGGUCUCCUGGUAUGUGCCCCUCUGCUGGGGACAGGAGUGGGUUAGAAAGCCCCAAAGGGGAGCCAGGAGGCAGGGAAACCUGGAGGAAGAGACUCAGAUCAGUGCCCAUCCCUCGGUGCCCUGGCCUAAGAUAAAGCAGAUGAGGCGAGCCAGGAGGAGAUGGGCAAGCUAUUGGAGCCCUAGUCAACAUGACUGGUUCCUUUCUUGGCCUUUUUCUCUCUUUGGUCCUUGGUUGGUUUGGGCGGCUUUCUAAGCUCCUCAGACAGGAGGAAGACUAUCUCUCAGACUGCUAUAAAAAGAGACUAGAAGAAAGGCCUUGGGUGCAAAACACUACCACUCCUCUCCUUCACUCUCUCCACCCCCCUACCCCCACCCUCACUCUGGGCUUGUCCAAAGCCUUUGAGAUUGGGAUGGAGAUGGGGAGCGGGGGAAGAACACUGUGCUUUCUCUGUAACUUCUGUUCUCUCUUUAAUUACUCCGGAGCCUUGUUCCUGGACCUUAGGGUCUUGAGGGCAUUUGUCCACUUUUCCAAGGUCCAGAUCCCAGCUGUCUUUUAGCUUGGUUUAAAUCUCAGUGCUGAUUUCUGCACGGGGAGGUCACAGGACCUGUCCUCUUUCUGUAAGAUGCAAUGGGGUGCCCAGUCUGGUUUCUGUGUGAUGGCUAUGUUGAGGUGGGAAUUGACCUUUCAGAGGAGGUGCCUACAAGUACCUGCUACCUCAGGCGAGAGCACCUCCAUACCCUGGACUGGCAGAGCGCUUCUCCGGCCUGGUUCCAGCCUUGGGAUAUUCCCCUCUUUUGUCAAGCCUAGGUCCAGAGGAUGAUGGCAGGGGGGAGGUGUCUGUGUGCUACGUCCUGGCUGUUUGUCCAUAUCUGCUCUACUUUGUGCGAUAAUAAAAUUACCUGAUCACUGUU